CUAAAUAUGUGGAGUAUGUGGCAACUGAGCGUCAGUGUAGUGAAGUGUGCUGUCGAAGCACUGCGGAGCCGUCCGGAUAACACAGUCAGCUGGACUUUUCACAUCCAGACCUUACCUGCGUUUUACGUCAAGGGCCGUAAACAAUGCCAAACUGGGGAGGAGGCAACAAGUGUGCAGCGUGCCGUGGGACGGUUUACCACGCCGAGGAAGUGCAGUGUGACGGGAAGAGUUUCCACAAAUGCUGUUUUCUCUGCAUGGUCUGCAGGAAGGGCUUAGAUAGCACCACCCUGGCGAUUCAUGACCAGGAGAUCUACUGCAAGUCAUGCUACGGGAAGAAGUAUGGCCCCAAAGGCUACGGCUACGGUCAGGGAGCGGGGACGCUCAACAUGGACCGAGGAGAGCGGCUGGGAAUCAAACAUGAAGAGACACAGAGUCACAGACCGACCACCAACCCAAACCCUUCCAAAUUUGCUCAGAAGUUUGGAGGUUCAGAGAAAUGUGCCCGGUGUGGAGACUCGGUCUACGCAGCAGAGAAGAUCAUGGGGGCAGGCAAGCCGUGGCAUAAGAACUGCUUCCGAUGUGCAAAGUGUGGCAAGAGCCUGGAGUCGACCACUCAGACCGAGAAAGACGGAGAAAUCUACUGCAAAGCGUGUUACGCCAAGAACUUCGGGCCCAAAGGUUUUGGUUACGGCCAAGGCGCCGGAGCUCUGGUUCACGCUCAGUGAUGGCUGAACUGGAUCGCUCAGACACAGACAAUCAUGACACAUCCACCUUUGUCCAACGUGAACAUCGAGCAGCCUCCUUUCUUUUUGUGUUUUUCUCCCUGAAAUGUUGAAAUCUUGAUACAAAAUAAAAACAUUUAACAAACCAAAGCGCUCGUUCACAUUUGACUGUAUUUUAUUAUUAAAGCCAUUAAAACUGAACCAUGCCCAUAUGUUUACAUCUGAAGCGGAGUUACAGUGAUGUCUGAAGGUGGGCAGAGAGGCACUGGAAAUGAUUAUGUGCUUUUUUUUUUUAAUUUUAUAAUUCCAUAUGGGGAGGUGAGAGGGGAGACAGAACAGAGAUGUGUUAGGCUGCUGGAAGAACUAGUGAGGACUGAGAUGGCUUUGAAUUCAUGUCCUGGAUGAGCUGAACUCUGCCCUAAAAAAACAAAAACACUCACUCAAGUUGACCUCCUGUCACUCUGAAAGGCAUUAUUAGGACACAAGUGGUUAGUUAGGGGUACUGAUAUGAAAUCUACAGCCAAGUCAUGUGACCUUUUCACCUUUAAAGAACACAUAAUUAAGAAACAAAACAAAAAGGUAGCUGUUGUGUGUCGUCUUUGUAGGGCAGAAGUGACAUCAGUAGGUUAAUGAAGAUGCGGGAAGUGAGAUGUGGAAUGAUGACAUAACCGUCCUCUUCUGAUGAUGCAAACAUGAGGCCCAAAAGUUUCGGAGGCCUUAAUGGAAUAUAACCUCCCUCUAUCCUUAAAACUAUUGCAUGAUCACAUUUCAGCUUUUAGAAAACCAAAAAAAAAAAAAAAAAUUUGGCGUCUGCCUUAGUUCUCUAGUGUCUUUGCUUUACAAUUUGUACAUCCAGUGGUAUAACAAACCCAGCGGUAUAUGACAUAGAAAUUAAAAAACAAACAAAAAAAAAAAACCUUCAGGGUGACUACAGAGUCCACAAG